AUGGACAUCAAGAAUCUGGUGAUUUUCCAGCCCAUGGAAAACAGCUCAUACGACAUUGACAAAUUCAUCUCCAGGGUUCACGAAAGACAACUGAAAUCCGUGAUUUUCUUCAAUCCUGAUGACUUUUACAAAUACAUUGCACAGUGCAAGAGUGAUUCAAUUGAAACUACAAGUUUAAUAUUCUCUGAACCGAGCGAAAUAAUCCCUGAAAUUCAGUAUCGAGUAUUGGAUCACAGAUUGAAUCUCUUCAUGUUCUUCUGGGGAUCUCGUCAUCCCCCCAAAAAGGCAACGCUGUACCUCAAGGAGCCCCUAAAGGUGGUAAUUCUUACGACGCCCAGGCCGAAUGUGCUGAGGCUGUACUAUAAUCAAGCCACACCGGCUGAAAUUGGCGUUCUGACUUUUGUGAACUGGUAUGAUGGAAAUAGUUUGGGCCUCUUCAAAGUUCCUGUGCUGCCAAGACCAGAUGAUGUGUACCAGAACCUGCGUGGACGCAUCCUUUCAAUUCCCGUAAUUCAUUCUCCUCCUUGGCACUUUGUGGUCUACCGCAAUGAAUCCUCGGACAAUGAGACCUUUUUGAUGGAGGACUACGAUGACAUGGACAUGAAUUUCAAGGUGGUCGGCGGACGAGAUGACAAUCUCCUGAAGUUGCUGGCGAAGAAGAUGAACUUCAAGUACGAGUACAUUGAUCCUCCGGAAAGGACUCAGGGCUCAGCCUACGGAUCAAGUGACAAUCUGACCUUUUCCGGAGGAUUGGGACUCCUUCAGCGUCGCGAAGCUAAUCUUCUUCUGGGCGACAUUGCGAUCACCAGCGAACGAAGUAAGGCAGUUGAGUUCUCCUUCUUCACACUAGUCGAUUCCGGAGCUUUCGUCACUCACGCUCCGCGUCGUCUCAACGAAGCCUUGGCUCUCGUGAGACCCUUUCGCCUGAACGUGUGGUCAGCACUGAUCGUCACAGUGAUCGUGUCCGGUCCAGUGCUCUAUCUGAUCAUCGUAAUUCCACAGUGGUGGAGGAAGUCCUCCCGGGAAAACAGAAAUUUCUUCCACCAGUGCGUGUGGUUCACAAUCAAUUUGUUCUUGAAGCAGAGCGCUUGUCUGCCGUACAAGGGAAAUCGCGCCCGAUUAGUCUCCGCCAUCCUCUGGCUCUCCGCUACGUACAUUCUGGGUGACUUCUACUCUGCCCAGCUCACGUCGCAAUUAGCACGACCAGCGCGAGAAGCCCCGAUAAAUGAUUUGUAUCGAUUAGAGGCGGCGAUGAAGUGGAAAGGUUAUGAAUUGUACGUGGAGCGCCAAAGUGCUUCUCUGGCCAUUCUUGAGAAUGGCACAGAAAUAUUUCACCGGCUCCACUUGAUGAUGAUGUCUCAGAAUCGCAAAUCCAAUGACUCAUACCUGAUAUCGUCCAUCGAGGAGGGCGUCUAUAUGGUGAUGAUGGGUGACCGGAAAGUGGUUCUCGGUGGGCGCGAAACGCUGUUCUUCAACAUGAAGCGCUACGGAAUCAAGAAAUUUCAACUUAGCGAAAAGCUCUACACAAGAUAUUCCGCCGUGGCCGUGCCCAAUGGAUGUCCCUUCCUGGAAAUCCUCAACAAAAUAAUAAUUCAUCUCUUCGAGGGCGGAAUUCUGGAUCGCAUGACAAAUGAAGAGUAUGAGAACUUGUUCGAUUCGAAGAAAUUGACGACGCCAAACGAAGAGAUUGAUAAGACCACACAAAAAUCCACGAAGGAUGUUCCUCAAGAGGAACGCAUCUUGAAACCCGUGAGUCUGAAGCUGCUCCAAGGAGCCUUCUACACUCUCCUGAUUGGCUACAUUUUGUCAGGCAUUGUCCUCCUGUUGGAGUGCGAAUGCAAGAAACCGAGGAGAAAUUGUACUAAAUCUAUUGCAAAGUAUUUGGAUGAAUUUUGUCUUUCAGUGAAAAAUAUUUUCACGAGGUUUUUCUCGUUUCUCACAAAAGAAAUUAAUGAUUGUUUCAACGAAGAUGAAUAUUAA